CCAGGACCACUUCAUACAUCUUCCUAUAAGAACCCCUUUCUUCACUUAAUGCCUCUCCAAUUCAAUAUCAUCAACUUCUUCUCAUUUCAGCUAAAAAUCCCAACUUUUUUCUCUUAGCUUCAAAAGACAGAAACAAAGAUCAAGAAAAUGAAGAUGAUGAGCCAUGGCAGCAGUGGCAUUAGAGGAUCCAAGAGAAGGAUAGCAAGCAAAGGACUUGGAGGAGUGUUGAGACAGCAAAGAGCUAGACUUUACAUCAUUAGAAGAUGUGUAGUCAUGCUCCUCUGCUGGCAUGAAUGAACACUCAUGAUCAAUAUCUUAACUAGAUAAUUAAUCUCUCUCUUCUUAUGAUUAGUGUCUUAAUCUUCAAUCUUCUUCAAGUGUAAAUAGUAGUGAUUAGCUAUUGAUGAUAAGGGCUUGCUGAGGAUAGUUCCAUACAUCCUCUGAGAGUUCACAAUUUUGUAACAAUUAGCCUAAUGGGCUGGCCAAGUAGGCUGCUUUGUAAAGUGGAGAGUUCCUAAUGAAGUUAUAUUUGAAUCUA